UGCAGGCUUCACCGGCGCCUUUUACGCACUCUCACGCACUCUCGCCUUUUAACCAUGAUCAAGAAGAUGUCGCCGUCCGAGGGCGAGUUUGACAUCCCUGCGAAGAACUGCUACAGGAUGGUGAUUCUGGGAUCCACCAAAGUCGGGAAAACGGCCAUCGUGUCCCGGUUCCUGAACGGGAGGUUCGACGAACAGUACACGCCGACCAUCGAGGAUUUCCACAGGAAACUGUACAGCAUCAAAGGAGACGUGUACCAGCUGGACAUAUUGGACACAUCGGGGAACCACCCGUUCCCCGCUAUGAGGAGACUGUCCAUACUCACAGGGGACGUUUUCAUCCUCGUCUUCAGUUUGGACAACAGGGACUCCUUCCAGGAGGUGCAGCGACUCAAGCGCCAAAUCUACGAGACCAAGUCGUGCCUGAAGAACAAGAUCAAAGAGAACAUCGACGUGCCUCUGGUGAUCUGCGGCAACAAGGGCGACAGGGAGUUCCAGCGGGAGGUGCAGCAGGAGGAAAUCGAGCAGCUGGUGGCCGGAGAUGACAAGUGCGCCUACUUCGAGAUCUCCGCCAAGCGCAACGAGAACGUGGAUAAGAUGUUCCAGACUCUGUUCACUUUGGCCAAACUACCUCACGAAAUGAGCCCCGACCUCCACCGCAAAGUGUCCGUGCAGUACUGCGACAUGCUGCACAGGAAGUCCCUGAAAAACAAGAAAAUGAAGGACAUCGGGGAGGCGUACGGCGUGGUCGCACCGUGCGCACGGCGGCCGAGCGUGCACAGCGACCUCAUGUACAUCAAAGAGAAGGCGAUAGGAAGCGGCCACGGUAAAGACAAAGAGCGGUGCGUGAUCAGCUAAA